ACGUGUUCGGUGUUGUCGGUCUAGUUGUUGAGGUAUUAUUCGUCUUCUCUAGACUCUGGUAUGCAGACUCACUGUAGCUUCUCCACUCAGCUUUAUAUUGGGACCAACCUGCCUGCCCGCCAUACGUAUACCUGCCAGGUCACCAAAGGUGUGUGAUUGUUAUGAUAUCAGGAUGACAAUAGACUCGCUUCAACCCACCAGUUGACAAACACAAUCGUUCACUGCGAGGAGAGAGGGUCGUGAUUCAGAAACGAUCAAUAAACAUUGGACAAGUUGAAAUUCGUCUCCUCUUCGUCUGCUUCUGUUCAGUCGAAACUUCAACCAGCGCAGUUUGUUAUUAACAUACCUCCACGCACACACCUCGACGCACACCAGCUUGGUGAAAUAUAUAUCUUAGCCCAUACGUGUAGUACACUGGGGAGACAAUCAUUUUAAUUUAACGUCCACGAAAGGAACUCUUCUUUAUGAGUUCUCAAGUCGUCUGACUGCAAUGGAUUUAGUGACUAUACUCUUUGAUGAAUUGUCUGCGAAAUGUUUACAGUGUUAGCUCAUAAUGCGAAACGCCCAUUAACCGUGAACUAUAACUGCAAACGUUAUUUUGCAUCAUAUAUACAUCGUGGUGGUUAUCGUUUGAAAGUAUUAUCAAGCAGUUGAUACUUCUAGACUGUAGAGAGGAACACUUCUCAACAUCGUAACAGAAAAUGGAGACUGGUACGAUGGCUAACGUCUUGAUGAACCAGACUUCGUCUUGGAACUCGACUUCCGCGACGACGACGGCUGGCAGUGACGGUCGAAACUUUGUUUUCAACGAUCCGGUCCAGCGAAUCAUCCUCGCCGUCAUCUUCAUCAUCGCUUUCGUCGUGGGCUUCACUGGCAAUGGACUGACAAUGCUGGCUGUUGCACUGAGUAGGAAACUGAGAACGAUUACCAAUGUGUUCGUGGUCAAUCUGGCGAUGGCUGACCUCCUGACCUGCUGCGUACUGCCAUGGAACGCGGUUGCGUUGUUGAGCUUCAGUGGAUGGCCGUUACCUGACUGGGUAUGUGCAGGUGCUGCUCUGGUUCUAUACACCUGCGGUGGCUGCAGUCUCUACAGCCUAGCAACCAUCGCCAUUAAUAGAUACAUCAUCAUUACUAGGUCGCUUAAAACGUAUCGCGCCAUCUACACGAAAAGAAACAACGCUAUUAUUUUAACCAUCUGCUGGUUAGUUCCUUUCUCUGUGUCGUUGAUCCCGCCACUGUGUGGACUCGGCGAGCUCGGAUACGCUGUCAAAUAUAAGACAUGCUCGCACAAGACGGCCCAUCCGUUGUCCGACUACUACAGCAUGCUCCAAGCCGCUGUUCUGUAUCCAGUUCCUCUCGUGAUCGUCGUCGUCUGCUACAUCAAGAUCUUCCUCCAUACUCGACGUCACAUGAGAACGAUGACGAUGUCCGAUUCUUCCGACACGUCGGUCACCAAUACGAAGCGAUCGUCACCGAACGGCACACCGCAUCAUGAACCAAACAAAUCAGUCAAGAAGCGGCUCAACAGGCGCCAAGUAGAAAUUACAAAAAAUAUGUUGUUUGUCGUCUGCGCGUUUGGUCUUUGCGCGUCGCCUUAUUGCGUGUCGCUCAUGAUACCACCAAGUGAUCCUGCUAUCCCGUGGACAGCCGCCAUCUUGCUUUUUAAUAGCUGCGUGAAUCCAUUUAUCUAUGCUACCAAGCAUCCUUAUUUCAAGCAAGUCUUUGGUUCUAUGUUGAAAUGCCGAUGUACAGAGAUCCCAGAGCAAGCCAGCAUCAUCAGAACGAUCUCAUCCAUGCGCUCUUCUUUCCGAUCAACCAGGAGGAAAAAUAAAAAGCCUGCCGCUCACAGGUACCAUAGCGACAAUAUCAACACAGUGAUGAAAGAAGCUGAUGUCUGAAAAA